AAUAUAUAAGUCAGUGCAAGCUUUCUGCUAUAUAUAAAACUGAGAUUCCCAAAGACAAUACACAUUUAGAAACAAUGGCAUCAUCAAAGGUGUCACAACUGAAGUUAGGUUCACAAGGUCUGAUUGUUUCAGCACAAGGACUGGGUUGCAUGGGUAUGUCCGCACACUACGGAUCAGCAAAACCCGAACCCGAAAUGAUCAAGCUCAUCCACCAAGCCAUCGACUCUGGGGUCACCUUCCUUGACACCUCCGACUUCUACGGCCCUCACACCAAUGAAAUCCUCGUCGGCAAGGCUUUGAAAGAGGGAUAUAGAGAGAAGGUUCAAAUCGCUACAAAAUUCGGAGUGCGGUUGAUGGAUGGAAAGCCUCCGGAGGUUUGUGGUGAUCCCGAGUAUGUCCGAUGGGCUUGUGAAGCUAGCUUGAAAAGACUUGAUGUUGACUAUAUCGAUCUCUACUAUGCUCAUAGGAUUGACACUCGUAUCCCAGUCGAAGUCAUGAUGGGAGAACUGAAGAAACUGGUAGAGGAAGGCAAAGUGAAGUAUGUAGGGUUAUCAGAAGCAUGUGCUUCAACAAUUAGAAGGGCUCAUGCUGUUCAUCCGAUAACCGCAAUACAGACCGAGUGGUCUUUAUGGUCACGAGAUUUGGAGGAUGAUAUUGUUCCUACAUGCAGAGAACUUGGCAUUGGGAUUGUUCCUUACAGUCCUCUUGGCAGGGGAUUCUUGGCUGGUGGUCCUAAAUUGGUGAAAAACUUGGAAGAGGGAGACACAAGGAAGGAUUAUCCAAGGUUUAAGAAUGUUGAGCACAAUAAGACUGUAUUUGAGCGAGUGAAUGAGAUGGCUACAAGGAAAGGGUGCACAGCGGCUCAACUAGCAUUGGCGUGGGUGCAUCACCAAGGAAGCGAUGUUGUUCCAAUUCCAGGAACCACAAAGCUCGAAAAUUUGAACCAAAACAUUGGAGCUUUGUCUAUAAAUUUAACACCAAUAGAAAUGAUGGAACUUGAAUCAUUUGCUUCAAGUGAUGUGGUGAAGGGGGAUAGGCAUGUAUACAUGCAAAGGACUUGGAUAAAUUCAGAGACUCCACCAUUGUCAUCUUACUAUAAAUAAAUUGACUUAUAAGAGUCAUAUGCACGGUUUCUUGUAAUGUUAAGAUGCCAAGCUGUUGGAGCUUUGUCAUUUUAGCUUUCCUUUUCCAUGACUAUGUAGGUUUUAUAAUAAAUGAUUGUAUGUGUGUUUUAAAGAUUGUUACUUUGUUGAAGCUUAUGUUAUGCAUAAUGGUGUUAAUUGUGCUUUA